CCGUCCGCCAGACUCACAUUUCUAAGAGUCCACGUUUGAUCUCCUCGCUCUCUUUUCGCCUCUGCUUUCCCGCUCUGCGGGAGGGGUUGAAGCCGAGCCGGCGUGUGAGACAGAGGAUGGUCUUCUUCUUUUCUGCCAAACACUAGCGCGCAUCGCGUGGAUCCUUUCUGCUGUGCACUUGCCUGCUGCUCCCUUCGUCCCGGACUGGGCAUCUUCAAGCCUCCCCCGCGCACUUGUGGACUGCAUCCCUGGGAGCCAAUCAGAGCCGCCUCUUCCUCCCCUCAUCGGCAAGUUCAGCUUGCUUGCGGUGCCUCUCCUUGGGUGCAGAGCCCAGCGUCGGUCAGGAGAAAUUAGUAAGACUUCCCACCCACGUUGCUUAGGAAGGAAGGCUGCCCAGGUAGGGUUGUUGUGGGUCCUCCUCUUCGCUUCAGGAAUGGAGGCUGAACUUUCGCCUUCUGAGGCCUGGUCCAGCGGGACAGCAGAACCCACCACACCCUGGUUGAUGGAGCUGAGCAGUGUUGGGCCCAGCACAGAUGGUGCCCUUCCAGUUGGGAUGCAGCUGUGGAUCUUCAACAGCAGUGGAGAGGAGGACACCUCACCCCCGUUUCUGACCGACGCCUGGCUUGUGCCUGUCUUCUACGCCCUCAUCAUGCUGCUUGGUCUGGUGGGGAACUCACUGGUCAUCUAUGUCAUCAGCAAGCACCGCCAGAUGCGCACAGCCACCAACUUCUACAUUGCAAACCUGGCUACCACUGACAUAAUUUUCUUAGUGUGCUGCGUUCCCUUCACCGCCACGCUCUAUCCCCUCCCCAGCUGGGUGUUUGGGGACUUCAUGUGCAAAUUCGUCAACUAUUUGCAGCAGGUGACCGUGCAGGCUACGUGCAUCACUCUGAUGGCGAUGAGUAUGGACCGCUGCUAUGCCACACUGUACCCACUGCAAUCACUCCGUUAUCGGACCCCCCAGGUAGCCAUGGCAGUCAGCUUUGCGAUCUGGAUUGGUUCCUUCAUUCUCUCAUUGCCCAUGGCUGUGUACCAUCGCACUGAGGUCGGCUACUGGUACGGCUUGCGCACCUACUGUAUUGAGGCAUUCACCAGCAAGAGCCAGGAGCGCAUCUUCAUUCUAUACACUUUCUUAGCUGUCUAUCUGUUGCCCCUCCUCACGAUCUGCCUUUGCUACUCUAUUAUGCUCAAGCGCCUUGGACGCCCUGUGGUGGAACCCAUGGACCAUGAUUACCAGUCCCAGCAGGUGCAACACAUGUCUGAGCGCUCAGCUGCCAUGAGGGCCAAGAUUUCCAAGAUGGUGGUGGUGAUUGUGCUGCUGUUCACCAUUUGCUGGGGUCCUAUCCAGCUUUACUUGCUCUUCCAGGGCUUCUACCGCCACUUCCAGGCCAACUAUGAGACCUACAAGAUCAAGACGUGGGCCAAUUGCAUGUCAUAUGCCAACUCGUCUCUCAACCCCAUUGUCUAUGCUUUCAUGGGAGACAGCUUCCGCAAAUCCUUCAAGAAGGCGUUCCCCUUCCUGUUCCGGCAGCGGGUUGGGGACAACGGCGUGCACUCAGGCUGCCGCAAUGCGGAAGUGAAAUUUGUCAUGGAGGGAACUUAACCCUUUCGCCUGACCUGGCUUCCAUCAUGAACGAUUCUGCCUGGUCUGUGCUGCCAAAGGAUGCUGAGAAGGACAAAGACGAUAGAGAAAGAUGACCUGUGUCUUACAGGUAGAAAUUCGUGGUUAUUUCAAUACAAUAACCAGAACACUAAGGAUUUUAGUUCAUCAAUACACAGUAAUAAUGACUUGGGGAAGGUCUGAUUGUGGAUUUUAGUUUUAACUUAAAUGAUGCAGGAAUCUGAACCGAAGUGCUAUGCCACGAGAUUAGCAGAAGGAAGCCUCUUUUUGUGUUUGUGGAGUGGAUAACAUGAGUGUACUCUGCCUUCUUCAGCACAUGG